AUGAACCGGGCUAAGCCCACCGCUGUCCGCAGGCCCAGCGCUGCGGCCAAGCCUUCGGGUCACCCUCCACCAGGAGACUUCAUUGCUCUGGGCUCAAAGGGUCAGACCACUGAGUCGAAAACAGCCUCUACCCUGCUGAAGCCUGCCCCUUCCGGCCUGCCCUCGGAGCGGAAGCGCGAUGCUGCGGCUGCGUUGGCGGGUGCCUCAGCCCUGCCGGGGCUCACCAAGCGCCCCAAACUCUCCUCCACGCCCCCACUGAGUGCCCUGGGACGCCUGGCUGAGGCUGCGGUCGCAGAGAAGCGUGCCAUCUCUCCUUCGAUUAAAGAGCCGUCCGUGGUCCCGAUCGAAGUCCCACCGACGGUGCUGCUGGACGAGAUUGAGGCGGCCGAGCUGGAGGGCAACGAUGACCGGCUGGAGGGCGUGCUGUGCGGGGCUGUGAGGCAGCUGAAGGUGACGCGGGCCAAGCCGGACAGCGUCCUGUACCUCAGUCUCAUGUACCUGGCCAAGAUGAAGCCCAACAUCUUCGCCACGGAGGGCGUCAUCGAGGCCCUGUGCAGCCUCCUGCGGCGGGACGCCUCCAUCAACUUCAAGGCCAAGGGCAACAGCCUGGUGUCUGUGCUGGCCUGCAACCUCCUCAUGGCCGCAUACGAGGAGGACGAGAACUGGCCCGAGAUCUUCGUCAAGGUGUACAUUGAAGACUCCCUAGGGGAGCGGAUCUGGGUGGACAGCCCGCACUGCAGGACCUUCGUGGACAACAUCCAGACGGCUUUCAACACCAAGAUGCCCCCCAAGAGUGUGCUCCUGCAGGGGGAGGCGGGGCGUGGCGGAGGGGACCUCAGUGCUGGGAGCAGCCCACACCCGUCCCUCACGGAAGAGGAGGACAGCCAGACGGAGCUCCUGAUCGCUGAGGAGAAGCUCAGCCCCGAGCAGGAGGGCCAGCUCAUGCCCAGGUACGAGGAGCUGGCGGAGAGCGUGGAGGAGUACGUCCUGGACAUGCUGCGCGACCAGCUCAACCGCCGGCAGCCCAUCGACAGCGUCUCACGGAACCUCCUGCGGCUGCUUACCUCCACCUGCGGCUACAAGGAGGUGCGGCUGAUGACGGUGCAGAAGCUGGAGAUGUGGCUGCAGAACCCCAAGCUGACGCGACCCGCCCAGGACCUGCUCAUGUCCGUGUGCAUGAACUGCAGCACGCACGGCGCCGAGGACAUGGAUGUCAUCUCCCACCUGAUCAAGAUCCGCCUCAAGCCCAAGGUCCUGCUGAACCACUAUAUGCUCUGCAUCAGGGAGCUGCUGAACGCGCACAAGGACAACCUGGGCACCACGAUCAAGUUCGUGAUCUUCAACGAGCUCUCCAACGCACGGAACCCCAACAACAUGCAGAUCCUGUACACCGUGCUCCAGCACAGCUCCGAGCUGGCACCCAAGUUCCUGGCCAUGGUGUUCCAGGACCUACUGACCAACAAGGACGACUACCUGCGGGCCUCACGGGCUUUGUUGCGUGAGAUCAUCAAGCAGACCAAGCACGAGAUUAACUUCCAGGCCUUCUGCCUCGGGCUCAUGCAGGAGCGCAAGGAGCCGCAGUACCUGGACAUGGAGUUCAAGGAGCGCUUCGUGGUGCACGUCACGGACGUGCUGGCCGUGUCCAUGAUGCUUGGCAUCACCGCCCAGGUGAAGGAGGCUGGCGUCGCCUGGGACAAAGGAGAGAAGAAGAAUCUCGAGGUGCUGCGCUCCUUCCAGAACCAGAUUGCCGCGAUCCAGCGGGACGCCGUGUGGUGGCUGCACACCGUCGUGCCCUCCAUUAGCAAGCUCGCCCCCAAGGACUAUGUGCACUGCCUCCAUAAGGUUCUCUUCACGGAGCAGCCCGAGACCUACUACAAAUGGGACAACUGGCCGCCCGAGAGUGACCGCAACUUCUUCCUCCGCCUCUGCUCAGAGGUGCCCAUCCUGGAGGACACGCUGAUGCGCAUCCUGGUCAUCGGGCUCUCACGGGAGCUCCCGCUGGGCCCUGCCGAUGCCAUGGAGCUGGCCGACCACCUGGUGAAGCGGGCUGCGGCCGUGCAGGCCGACGACGUGGAAGUGCUGAAGGUGGAGCGAGUGCAGCUGAUCGAUGCCGUCCUGAACCUGUGCACCUACCACCACCCUGAGAAUAUCCAGCUCCCGCCAGGGUACCAGCCUCCGAACCUCGCCAUCUCCACUCUCUACUGGAAGGCUUGGCCCCUCCUGCUGGUCGUCGCUGCGUUCAACCCGGAGAACAUUGGCCUGGCCGCCUGGGAAGAGUACCCCACGCUGAAGAUGCUCAUGGAGAUGGCGAUGACCAACAACUACUCGUACCCGCCCUGCACCCUGACGGACGAGGAGAGCCGUGCCGAGAUGAUCAGCCGGGAGCUGCAGGUCUCGCAGCGGGAGAAGCAGGAGAUCCUGGCGUUCGAGGGGCACCUGGCCGCGGCCUCCACCCGACAGACCAUCACCGAGAGCAGCAGCCUGCUUCUGUCCCAGCUCACCAGCCUCGAGCCCCAAGGGCCGCCUCGGAGGCCUCCCCCUCACAUCCUGGACCAGGUGAAAGGCCUCAACCAGUCCCUGCGCCUUGGGCACCUGCUGUGUCGUAGCCGGAACCCCGACUUCCUCCUCAACAUCAUCCAGAGGCAGGCUUCCUCGCAGUCCAUGCCCUGGCUGGCCGACCUGGUGCAGUCCAGCGAGGGCUCCUUGGACGUGCUGCCCGUCCAGUGCCUCUGCGAGUUCCUGCUGCAUGAUGCCGCCGACGAGCCCGCCUCGGGCGGGGAGGAGGAGGAGGGCGAGAGCAAGGAGCAGAAGGCCAGGAAGCGGCAGAGGCAGCAGAAACAGAAGCAGCUGCUGGGCCGCCUGCAGGACCUGCUGCUGGGCCCCAAGGCCGAUGAGCAGACCACAUGUGAGGUGUUGGACUACUUCCUGCGGCGGCUGGGCUCCUCGCAGGUGGCCGCCCGGGUGCUGGCCAUGAAGGGCCUGUCCCUGGUGCUCUCGGAGGGCAGCCUGAGGGACGGAGAGGAGAAGGAGCCGCCCCUGGAGGAGGACUCGGGCGACGCGGACGCGCUGCAGGGCUACCAGUGGCUGCUGCGGGACCUGCCCCGGCUGCCGCUCUUCGAGAGCGUGAGGAGCACCACUGCGCUGGCGCUACAGCAGGCCAUCCACAUGGAGACCGACCCGCAGACCAUCAGCGCCUACCUGGUCUACCUGUCCCAGCACACGCCCGUGGAGGAGCAGGGCCAGCACAGCGACCUGGCCCUGGACGUGGCCCGGCUCAUCGUGGAGCGCUCCACCAUCAUGUCCCACCUCUUCUCCAAGCGCUCCUGCAGCGCCGAGUCCGACGCGGUGCUGGCGGCCCUGCUGUCCAUCUUCUCCCGCUACGUGCAGCGCAUGCGCAAGAGCAAGGAAGGCGAGGAGGUCUACAGCUGGUCAGAGUCGCAGGACCAGGUCUUCCUGCGCUGGAGCAGCGGGGAGACGGCCACCAUGCACAUCCUCGUGGUCCACGCCAUGGUCAUCCUCCUGACUCUGGGCCCGCCCCGUGCUGGUGACAGCGAGUUCCAGGCGCUGCUGGACAUCUGGUUCCCGGAGAAGAAGCCACUGCCCACGGCAUUCCUGGUGGACACGUCGGAGGAGGCGCUGCUGCUGCCUGACUGGCUGAAGCUGCGUAUGAUCCGCUCAGAGGUCCCACGGCUGGUGGAUGCCGCCCUGCAGGACCUGGAGCCACAGCAGCUGCUGCUAUUCGUGCAGUCCUUUGGCAUCCCCGUGUCCAGCAUGAGCAAGCUGCUGCAGUACCUGGACCAGGCCGUGGCCCACGACCCCCAGACCCUGGAGCAGAACAUCAUGGACAAGAACUACAUGGCGCACCUGGUGGAGGUCCAGCACGAGCGCGGGGCGUCCGGAGGCCAGACUUUCCACUCCCUGCUCACAGCCUCCCUGCCCGCCCGGCGAGACAGCGCAGAGGCGCCGAAACCCAAAAGCAGCCCGGAGCAGCCGCUGGGCCAGGGCAGGACCCGCGCCGUGACGCAGGUGCGAGUGCUGGGCCCGGAGGACGACCUGGCUGGCUUGCUCCUGCAGAUCUUCCCACUGAGCCCGGGCCCGCGGUGGCAGAGCUCCAGCGCGCGCCCUGCCGCCCUGGCGCUGCAGCAGGCCCUGGGCCGGGAGCUGGCGCACGUCCGCCAGGGGAGCCCCGAGGUGCCGGGCGUUGCAGUGCGCCUCCUGCAGGCCCUCGCCACCCUGCUGAGCGCCCCACAUGGCGGGGCCCUGGCCCUGGCCAUGCACCGCGGCCAUGUCCUCACCUGCCCCUUGAUGCGCCAGCUCUGCCAGUACCAGCGCUGCGCACCCCAGGACACCGGCUUCUCGUCGCUCUUCCUCAAAGUGCUUGCACAGGCCCUGCAGUGGCUGGACGGUCCCUCUGUGGAGGCUGGGCCCCUGCAGGCCCAGCUCAGACUGUUUGCUGCCCAGUGCUCGGCGCGGCGCCGGAUCAGCAACGUGCGGAGCGGAUUUCUGCACCUGGCGGAGGCCCUGACGUUCCGCGGGGACCCGGAAGCGGUCAGCUCCACCGUGCGUGCCAUCGUGGCCACCCUCAAGUCUGGGGAGCAGUGUGACGUGGAGCCCGAGCUCGUCAGCAAAGUCCUCCGGGGUUUGAUCGAGGUGAGGUCGCCUCACUUGGAGGAGCUGCUGGCCGCGCUCUUCUCCACCGCGUCCGCCGUCCCAGCCUCAGGGCCCGUGGCGGUGGUCAGCUCGCUGCUGCUGCCGGAGAAGGAGGAGCCGCUGGUCCCAGGGAAGCAGGACGCCGACAGCUGCAGCCAGGAGGCCGUGCGCCUGGGGCCCUGCUCGGGGCUGCUCGUCGACUGGCUGGAGAUGCUGGACCCUGAGAUGGUCGGCAGCUGCCCCGACCUUCAGCAGAGGCUGCUCUUCUCCCGGGGCAAGGGCAAAGGCCACCCUGGCCCCCAGGUGCCAUCUUUCCGCCCCUACCUACUGGCCCUGCUCACACACCAGUCCAGCUGGUCCACCCUGCACCAGUGUAUCCGCAUCCUGCUGGGCAGGGGCCGGGAACAGAGGUUUGACCCCUCGGCCUCCCUUGACUUCCUCUGGGCCUGCAUCCACGUCCCUCGGAUCUGGCAGGGCAGGGACCAGCGCACCCCACAGGCAGGUUUGGGGUGUCCCCUGCCUGGAGGGCGGGGUGGCCGGGCACGGCCGUCCCACGCCGGCCUGACUGACAGCGUCCGACUGCAGAAACGGCGGGAGGAGCUGGUGCUGCGGGUGCAGCCGGCCGAGCUCGUGGGGCUGGUGGAGCUGAUCCUGGCCGAGGCAGAAGCACGCAGCCAAGACGGGGACGCGGGCGCCUGCGGGCUGCUCCAGGCACGGCUGCCCCUGCUGCUCAGCUGCUGCCGCGGUGGCGACGAGGGCGUCAGGAAGGUGACGGCACACUUGAUGGGCUGCGUCCAGCAGUGGGGCGACAGUGUCCUGGGCAGGUGCGGCCGUGACCUGCUGGUACAGCUCUACCUGCAGCGGCCGGACUUGCGCGUGCCCCUGCCCGACGUCUUGCUGCAUAGCCAAGGGGCCGCUGGCAGCAGCGUCUGCAAGCUGGACGGCCUCAUCCACCGCUUCAUCACCCUCCUGGCGGACACCAGUGACUCCCGGGCGGCCGAGAGUCGAGUGGCUGAUGCCAGCAUGGCCUGUCGGAAGCUGGCGGUGGCCCACCCCCUCCUGCUACUGAGGCACCUGCCCAUGAUCGCUGCCCUCCUGCACGGCCGCACUCACCUCAACUUCCAGGAGUUCCGCCAGCAGAACCACCUGACCUUCUUCAUGCACGUGCUGGGGGUCUUGGAGCUGCUGCAGCCGCAGGUGUUCCAGAGCGAGCACCAGGGGGCGCUGUGGGACUGCCUGCUCUCCUUCGUACGCCUGCUGCGGAACUAUCGGAAGUCCUCCCGCCACCUGGUGCCCUUCGCCAGCAAGUUCGUGCGGUUCACGCACAAGUACAUCAGCUGCAGCCCCGCGGCCGCCGUCGCCUUCUUGCAGAAGCACCUGAACGUGCUCCAUGACCUGUCCCUUGACAGCAGCGACCUGGUGAUGCUUAAGUCACUCCUGGCAGGUCUCAGCCUUCCCAGCAGGGACGGUGGGGCUGACCGGGUCCUGGACGAGGAGGGUGAGGACGAGAGCUCUGCCGGCCCCCUGCCUUUGGUCGGUGUCUGCAUCUUCACCCCUCUGACCGCAGCCGAGAUGGCUCCCUACAUGAAGAGGCUGUCCAGGGGCCAGACGGUCGAGGAUCUGCUGGAGGUCCUGAGCGACGUGGACGAGAUGUCCCGGCGGAGACCGGAGAUCCUGGGCUUCUUCUCGACCAGCCUGCAGCGGCUCAUGAGCUCGGCUGAGGAGUCCUGCCGCAGCCUGGCCUUCAGCCUGGCCCUGCGCUCCAUCCAAAACAACCCUGGCAUCGCAGCCGACUUCCUGCCCACAUUCAUGUAUUGCCUGGGCAGCCGCGACUUCGAGGUGGUGCAGACGGCCCUGAGGAACCUGCCCGAGUACACCCUCCUCUGCCAAGAGCACGCGGCCGUGUUACUGCACCGAGCCUUCCUGGUGGGCAUGUACGGCCAGAUGGACACCAGCGCCCAGAUCUCUGAGGCCCUGAGGAUCCUGCACUUGGAGGCCGUGAUGUGA